AUGGCGUCCUCAGGAGUAGGAAGUGAGCUGAAUGAAGCGAAUGCCCAAUCGAGUGCAGCGAGCAGCUCCACAGAUCGCAAAAGAGUGCAGAACCGCAUAGCACAGCGGACGUAUCGUCAACGGUUGAAGAAACGGAUCGAGGAUCUAGAGCGCCGAGUCCAGGAAAGCAACAACAACCCACAACACCCCGUACCACAUCCGGAUACCAGCUGGGACCACCAUGACCCCGAAAAUGACCAAAUUCCCAACGAUCAUCAUUUCCACGGCACCAAAAGUUGCCCUACUCCGUUUGAAUCACUCCUAAGCCCCGCCUUCAUGCCGGCUCCGAGCGAUUGGUACUUGCAACCAUCUCUCGAUUUCCCCAUAUCUACAGCAUCUCGGCCUCAGACCUCCACCACUGCCCCGCCGUCAAGCACGGGAGAAGAGGAGCGCCACCUCCCAACGUGUCGCUGCUCGGCGCAACAGCAGCGCCGCCAUCUCACCUCGAAGCGCAGCAGCAGUAGCAGCACCCAACCCCCGCCGGCACCCCGCGCUUGGCAGCAAAGCCGCUCCACAACGACAACGGCGGAACCUCACGUGAGAUCGGGACCGGCAGCAGGACACUUCGGCAGCCGCUCCGCCACGGGCCUGGCCAUGGAAUCCAUUGUGCAAGGACCACCUCCCAAACAGACCACCACCACCACCCGAAUGUCAUCGGCAGAGGCGCCUGCGCCGCAGUCUGCAACAGCGGCAUCGGCAAGAACAGCUUCUCAUCACACCACCACUGUCAACUUCGAUCAAGGCACACUCACGCUCCAGUGGCAGCCGAGAAACUUGAAUCCGAUCUCUGAUCUGGUAGACAGCGAUAUGGUGCUGCAUGACGACGACAUGCAGGGCGAUGGCGGCGACGAAGACGGCGGAGGCGGUGAGCUCUUAGUCGAUCACUUCGCCUAUACGGGUGCUGGGGCUUACGACACUCCACCCGAGAGAAGAGGGGAUUGUAGCUGCUCGUUUAGUAGUAAUAUCCGGUAG